AUGCAUCAUUUUAUUAGUUAAAAUACAUGUUUAUAUAAAAUUUUAAUAACAUAUUCCACUUACAGAGUCUAUUUACAUUCUGACUAGUUAUUGACAUGGUGUAUGUGAGUUCAAAUUAUUGAUUUGAAUGUGGACAGUAAAUGAACUUUAUUGUGAUAAAAGUAUGUGCCAUAAUUACUUAAGACAGAAAUGCCACGGGAUAUUUUAAGCGAUAGCUUGGCUGUGCUUAGGAUAGUUGAGCAUGAAGAUGAAGAAAACUGGCCACUAGAAGAUAAGGUGCCCUGUAAAAAAGUUGCAAACUCGAAUUCUAAAGAAAAUAGUCAGAAAUACCCAAAGGAUGACUGUGCUUGUUAUUACAAUUAUGCACUUGGCGAUAGCUCCGCAAACCGACAGAACGAUCCCAUAUAUCAGUACAAGACCAGUAGUUUGCCCGCAGCGUCAUCGAUCAACCAAACCUGGGAUGAAAUUGUUUGUUCACCCUUGCGGAUAGCACCUGAAGAUAUUGCCAAUCAGCUGUCGCUAUUAGACUUGCAAUGUUUCAAGUCGAUUCGUCCAGAGGAGCUCUCUACAUGCGGAUGGACAAAAGCCAACAAACUGACGGUUGCACCAAACGUGGUUGCAUUCACUAAAAGAUUUAACAGGGUGAGCUUUUGGACAGUGCAAGAAAUACUCAAUGGCCAGACGCCGAAAGCAAGGGCUGAAACAUUGGCCCAUUUUAUAAAGGUGGCGAAGAAAUUAUACGACCUUAACAAUCUCCAUUCGCUCUUCGCCGUUAUCUCAGCUUUACAUAGUGCCAGUAUAUACAGGCUUUCGAAAACCUGGGCCUGUUUAUCCAAGAAGGAUAAACAACAAUUUGACAAGCUGGCAGAACUGUUCGGCGAGAAGGACAACUGGACGGCCCUCCGCGAGUACAUGCGCUCUAUUUCACUCCCAUGUAUUCCUUACCUUGGUAUAUUCCUCACAGAUCUGGUUUACAUAGACAUGGCUCACCCGGCCGGAUCGCCGCACCGAGUCGCAAAGAUGGCAGUCGUUUUAAAGGCGCUGGAACGUUACCAAACAUCUGAAUAUGACAUCUUGCCCGUUCCCCAUGUAGCCGUUUAUCUCAACAGCGUGCGUUAUAUUGAGGAGCUCCAGAAGUUUCUAGAAGAUGAUCAGUACAAGUUGUCGCUAAAACUGGAGCCGCCAUCGCCGAUAGGGAGUUGCGCAGGAUCCAAGGAAUCUGUCAAGGAGGUCUCUGUCCUAGGCACCUGUACAUCGUACUCCCUGUCCCCAUCACACCGCUUGGGCUCAGGUUCCCUCCGCCUUCAAGGCACUUACACACAGACUAAGUUUAUACCUACUCACCGGAAAUGUCGUUCACUUGGCUCCAAGUUUCGAAGCGCGAGCUUACCAAGAAAUUUUCACAAGGUCAAUUUCGGUGUGGGUAUAUUUGGGAAAAGUCACAGCGAAGACAAAGAUGGAAAGACGCCGGCUGGUUCGGUGAAUUUGUUGGAUGAUACCCUGCUGGAGUCGCCUAUCUCAGUGGCUGGUGCUAAGAUGUCACAAUCGUUGCCUUACAGUGAUGUGCUGUCAGCAAUGGAUUCAGUGGAGUGCGAUUUCCAAAGUUACGUGAGAAGAAAAACUAUAAUAAAAGACGGCAGGAAGAUAUCGCUCUCUUCUUGGCAGCGUUACUGGUUGCAGAUGUCUGCAAAUAUCCUUAUAUUCUAUGGAUCAAAGACGUUCAAAGGGACAAGCCGAAACGACUUCAGCAAGGAACGUUGCAAGGUGCUAGCAUUGCACGAUGGCUGGCGCGCCGUGUGGCUCCAAACGGAUGCCUCGGAUGCCUUUCAGAUGAUCGACCAUCACUGUGGCACCGUCUACAAAUUCAAGACCGGGUCUGAGGCCACCGCGAAGCAAUGGGCGGCGAAGAUAAAUGAAGUCACAAACAAAAUGGUCAAACCCCUUCCCGCCAAUCUCAUGUCUUUCGAAUAACUCACCCGAAUCUAAUGUACAAUGUACGUAAUGAGUGAUCUGAUUUAUAUGGCAACUUUAAUAACUGAAUCAAAACUACAUUUUAGUAUAUUAUAAAGUUACAUAUAUUAAUUAUACGCUUCAUUUUAGCCGAAGAGGCUUUUGUGCUAUCUUUCCUUUAUAAGAAAGUGCUAUUAUUAAAAUAUAUCGAUGUCAUUAUUGCACUGCACGAGGACUUCAAACCAAAUCACACUCCUACAAAAAUUUGAACCUUUACUGCGUUGUCGAAUUUCUUAUAGAAUAAUAUAAUAUAUACAAACGCAUACUUAGCAGUGGCGAAGGGUCCAUAUAACACGAUGCCUAUAAGCUUUCGCUGAGGUGCUGUUUAAUGAGAUUGAGAGAAAUUAAACUAUUCAUAAUGUAGUUGUUCUUAUUCUCGACUAUACUUCUCACUAAAUGGUUAGCUACUUUACACAAUUCAGUAAAAUUAUCUUUAUUGAAAAAAUUACAAAGUUACCUCUAUACGAAAAUUUUAAGUCAAUUAUGUGUUAGUUAUUUAUUUUAAUUUUGGUGUAUUUGAGUUUUUUUUCUGUGAAAACAUCUCAAUACAGUCCGAUUAAAAUACUGUCGUCGCGGAAUUUAGCUGCUGAAGUUUAGUUGUUUUUCGAUAAUUGAUACUGAUAGGUUUUAUAGUUAGCGAAAGGUGUGUCCACUCGAUUUAGUUUUUAUUCAGGGGAAAGGAGGGCAUUUUUAAAAUCCGGCUACACUUUUAAAAUAUCCACCCUUCGCCACUGAUAUUUUGCUAUGCAGAUAAUUAAGAUUGAUUGAUAUUUCUUAUUGCACGGUUUAAUCAGAGUGUUGUUUGAUCUCGUGUCCUGACCAGCCGUCUGUCUUUCCAUUGCAUUUUAAAAUAAGCCAUUUUCAUAUAAAAGACUUAUUAAAAAAAGAAAAAAAGUUUUUUGCCAUUAAAAAUUAAUUUUCGGUUAGUAAAAAUUCGCCGAAAACCAUUGUAUUUUUAACGAUCUCGGCGUAAAUAUCAAAUACGGCUAAGUCACUAUAUCUUAAUAAAUAAUUAAGUGCCACA